AUGGCGGAACCAUUAGAAAAUGUCCUCCCUCCCCCACCACCACCCAUGUCGGCCUCCCCGCCCCGCAUUCUGAUAAUCGGCGCCGGGUCCCGCGGCCAGACAUACGCAUCGUCGGUCAAGACGUCCAGCAACGGCAUCGUCGUCGCCGUCGCCGAGCCAGACCCCUAUCGCCGCUCCGUCAUCGGCACUCAGUUCAUCGCCGGCUGGACCGACGCAGAACCACACGGCUUUAGCGAUUGGAAGGCCUUUGUAGCGUACGAAAAGGCCCGCCGGGAGAGGUGCGACAGCAGUGGCGGUGACGGCGAGCCCGCCGGCGUGGACGCCGUCUUCGUCUGCGUCCAGGACCACCUCCACCGCGAGGUCGUCAUGGGCCUGGCUGAGCUGGGCGGGCUGCACGUCAUGUGCGAGAAGCCGCUUGCCACGCGCCUCGGCGACUGUGUCGACAUGUACCGGGCGCUGCGGGGGGCGGGCAACGUCUUCUCGAUCGGGCACGUGCUGCGGUACAGCCCGCACAACAUGGAGCUGCGCAGGCUGCUGCUGGAGGAGAGGUGCGUGGGCGACGUGCUCAACGUGGUGCACACGGAGCCCGUCGGCUGGUGGCACUUUUCCCACUCGUACGUCCGCGGCAACUGGCGCCGCGAGGACACGUCGGCCCCGAGCCUGCUGACCAAGAGCUGCCACGACAUCGACGUGCUGCUGUGGCUCCUCUGCGCCGGGGAAGAGCCCCACCUCCCGUCUACCGUGUCCAGCUCCGGCGGCCUGCACCUCUUCAGAAGGAGCAGGAAGCCAAAGGCGGCCGGGGCGGCGACGAAUUGUCUAUCCUGCCCCAUCGAGAAGGACUGCAAAUUCUCGGCCAAGCGCAUCUACGCCGACGGCACCGACAGCUUUGGGCUGCGCAGCCUGGACUCGAGCAACACCAACUGGCCGGUCGACGUCGUGGUGCCGGACAUUGAGAGCUACGCGGACAAGGAGCAGGCCCGGGAGGCGCUGCUGUCCAAGCUAGGCGAGGACUACGACGCGGCCGCGACGCCCGACGACGAGGUCAAGGCGCGCAACUGGUUCGGGCGCUGCGUCUGGGAGAGCGACAACGACGUGUGCGACAACCAGGUCGUGACGCUGACGUGGGACGAGGAUCCGCGCCGCGGCUUGGGCGCCAAGCAGGCGACCUUCCACAUGGUGUCGCAGACGACCAAGAUCUGCCAGCGCCACACGCUCAUCUACGGCGAGCACGGCGAGGUGCACGCCGACUCGCAGACCAUCUCGGUGUCGGACUUUCGCACCGGCCAGACCACCGUCCACAAGCCCAGGCUCGAGAGCGUCGGCCACGGCGGCGGCGACAACGGCCUCACCAGGCAGUUCGUGCUGGCCGUGGACAAGGUCAAGAACCACGGCUGGACCGCCGAGAGGGCGCAGAGCGAGAUUGUGGGGUGCAGCCUCGAGGAUGUGCUGAGGAGUCACGCCAUGGUGUUUUGUGCAGAGGAUGCGAGGAAGGGGAGGAAGGUGCUUGAUUGGGGGGAGUGGUGGAGGGGCAAGGUUGAAGAGAGAUUGUCGGCUUGA